AUGAUCUCUUCUUAUGUCACUCUGUUCCUAUCUAUCUAUCUAUCUAUCUAUCUAUCUAUCUAUCUAUCUAUCUAUCUAAGUCUGAUUCUUUCUCUCUUUCUUACUUCCUUUCUUUCUAUCUAUCUAUUCGCUUUUCUUUUCUUUUUCAUUGCUUUCUUUUUCAGCAAUAUUACAAAGAUCAAAAGUGCCAAACAACUGAAGACGCUGCCGAUUUUAUCUACUGAUCUUUCUCUUUACCCACUCACCGCCAUUCUUUGUCUUUCUAUCUUUUCCCCGAUUGCCACCAAUUAUUUCAUUCUCUUUUAUACUGAAAAUUCCCUCUCUGAUUUCACUUUAAUCAUUCAGUAUUUUCUCUUUCUCACUAUUUUAUUUUCUGUCAAUCUUCCUGCCGAUCUUUGUUGCUAUCUCUCUUCGCGCUUUCGUAACACUCUCAUUAUCUAUCUAUCGGAGUCUGUUCCUAUCUAUCUAUCUAUCUAUCUAUUUAUCUAUCUAUCUAUCUAUCUAUCUAUCUAUCUCAGUCUGCUUCAAUCUAUAGCAGUCUGUUCAUAUCUAUCUAUCUAUCUAUCUAUCUAUCUAUCUAUCUAUCUAUCUAUCUAUCUAUCCCAGUCUGUUCGUAUCUAUCUAUCUAUCUAUCUAUCUAUCUAUCUAUCUAUCUAUCUAUCUAUCUAUCUAUCUAUCUAUCUAUCUAUCUAUCUAUCUAUCUUCAAUCUAUCUCAGUCUGUUUCAAUCUAUAGCAGUGUUCAUAUCUAUCUAUCUAUCUAUCUAUCUAUCUAUCUAUCUAUCUAUCUAUCUAUCCCAGUCUGUUCGUAUCUAUCAUCUAUCUAUCUAUCUAUCUAUCUAUCUAUCUAUCCCAGUCUGUUCGUAUCUCUAUCUAUCCCAGUCUGUUCGUAUCUAUCUAUCUAUCUGUUCGUAUCUAUCUCCCAGUCUGUUCAUCUAUCUAUCUAUCUAUCUAUCUAUCUAUCCCAGUCUGUUCCUAUCUAUCUAUCUAUCUCAGUCUGUUCCUAUCUAUCUAUCUAUCUAUCUAUCUAUCUAUCUAUCUAUCUAUCUAUCUAUCUAUCCCAGUCUGUUCCUAUCUAUCUAUCUCUAUCUAUCUAUCCCUAUCUAUCUAUCUAUCUAUCCCAGUCUGUUCGUAUUCAUUCAUCUAUCCCAGUCUGUUCCUAUCUAUCUAUCUAUCUAUCUAUCUAUCUAUCUAUCUAUCUAUCUAUCUAUCUAUCUAUCUAUCUAUCUCAGUUUGUUCAUAUCUAUCUAUCCACGUUUGUUCACAUCUGCCUAUCUAUCUCGUUUUACUUUCUCGCUUUCUCUCUGCCCUCUUUCAUAAAUUUUUUCUCUCUACCAAAUUCUCUCUGCUUUCUUCUCCCGCCCUAUCUCUGGCCUUCUUUAUUACUCUCUCUCUCUCUCUCUCUCUCUAAGACGUUUUUUCUUGACACUCGUCGGUUCUUUCAUGGUACCGAUCUUUCAUCAUUUUUUUUUCGUCUCGCAAAGAAUGCAGUUUUAUCUCUUCAUUUAAAGCUAUUUCAAAUUUCUAUCUUUGGGCUCGCCGUAAAUCUAUCUAUCUAUCUAUCUAUCUAUCUAUCUAUCUAUCUAUCUAUCUAUCUGUUAUUCCCAUCUAUCUAUCUUAUUUAUCUAUCUAUCUAUCUAUCCUAUCUAUUUGUUCUAUCUAUCUAUCUCAGUCUAUUCUGUUCAUAUCUAUCUAUCUAUCUAUCUAUCUAUCUAUCUAUCUAUCUAUCUAUAUUUUUGCCUACUCAUAUUUUUCUAUCUAUCUAUCUAUCUAUCUAUCUAUCUAUCUAUCUAUCUAUCUAUCUAUCUAUCUAUCUAUCAUUUAGUCUGUUCAUAUCUAUUCAUCUAUCUGCCUACUCAUAUCUAUCUAUCUAUCUAUUUUUAUGCCUACUCAUAUCUAUCUAUCUAUCUAUCUAUCUAUCUAUCUAUCUAUCUAUCUAUCAUUUAGUCUAUUCAUAUGUAUCUAUCUAUCUAUAUAUCUAUCUAUUUAUCUAUCUAUCUGCCUACUCAUAUCUAUCUAUCAAUCUAUUUAUCUAUCUAUAUCUAUCUAUCUAUCUAUCUAUCUAUCUAUCUAUAUUUCUGCCUAUUCAUAUCUAUCUGUCUAUCUAUCAUUUAGUCUAUUCAUAUCUAUCUAUAUGUCUAUAA